CCCGCGUAUCGUCGGUAGAGUUCUGGAAUUUUUACGAUUCGCCCUCUCGGGAAAGGAUCGCUAAAAUCGCGAUACACAAUCAUGAAUUUCUUUUCGUAAAGUUGUAGGAGGGCUCAUGAGCAAGAGAAGCGGCUCAUUAUCGUAUGUUUGUACAACUGGCGUGAGAAAAAGUCCUGCUCUUAUACGUGUGCGUUAGAGCCCCGAUCAAUCUUCAAGUUCACGAUCCCGCGCUUAUUUGGUUAAUUGGAUUUGUUCGUGAUUGAAUCCACGCUAAAUUGAUAGCGUUUCGACAAUUCUUCUCUCGUGAGAUUCAAGUCGGUGGUCACCUACGGGUGAACAGAGAUGGCCACCCAACAAAAUCUGCGUUUGGAUCCCUGGCUAAUCCAACCCAGAGAACUUGCAAGGUACAAAGAGCAAUUUGAAUCUUUAAAACCAAUUAAUGGUGUUGUUACUGGAGAUCAAGCAAAAGAAUUUUUGCUCAAGUCUCAGCUUCCACUUGUCAUUCUUGGACAAAUAUGGGCUUUAUCGGAUGCAGAUGCAGAUGGCAAGAUGGAUAUAAAUGAAUUUAGUAUUGCAUGUAAAUUAAUUACUUUAAAGUUACGUGGCUUUGAGAUUCCAAAAACACUCCCACCAAUUUUGGUGGAAAGUUUAAAAGUUCUUUCUAACGGUGAUAAUAAUGCGACAAACUUAACAAACGGAGCUGCCAAUAUUCCACAACAAAAUAAUGUCGCUUCAUUAGUGAAUUUAACUGGACCACCGCCAGUAUCGGUGCAACCCUUGAUUGGUGGAAUGCCCAUGAGUGGAUCUGUUCCACGUCCUCUUAUAGGUCCACCACCAUCAAAUGGACCACUACCAGGACAUGGAAUUAGACCUGCCUCACCAAUGACCUUGCCAGGAAUCGUGCCUUCUGCAAGUACUACUACUACUACUACCACCACUACCACUACUCCCAGUGGUGGUCCUCCUCAAAGACCUGCUCCACCCACAAAUAUUGGAGCAAAUUUUACUCCUGCUAUAAGUGGACCGCCGCCAAAACCUGCACCUCCUUCGUUUCCUAAUAGUCCUGUCGCGGCUGGAAUUUCACCCGUAAAAGUUCCACCUAUAUCUGCUGCAACGGUUGUUCCUCCAGUUCAACCAAUACAACCAAUGACUACUUCUGCUAUAGAUUUACUUGAUCUUGAGUUACCAGGUAUGUCCACAGUAGCUCCAAUCGCACCCUUAAAUACAAAUCCAACUCCAGUUGCUGCUUUUGGUAUGGGACAAACAAUGCAGAUGCAACCAUUAGGUGCUGGUAUGAUUGCUCCAAUUACAACUGGAUCUACUAUUGCACCAUCUGUUGCACCAAUACCUGCUGGGACUGGUGUGAUGACAUCUCCUCCAGUUGUAGGUUUACCAUUAGUGUCAGGACCCGCAGUAAGUGGUGCAUUAGUGAACGGUGUAAUUGCUCAGACACCAGUAUCUACAAGUACACCACUGAGUACAACAGCACGUCCACCAAGCAUAGAUAGAGUGGGUUCGAUUGAUUCACAGCAUAGUCAGCAUUCAGUGGGUUCGCCUCAGUCUGUAGAAUGGGCUGUACCUCAUCAGACAAAAUUAAAAUAUACCCAGUUGUUUAAUACUUGGGACAGGACACGGUCUGGAUUUCUGUCAGGUCCUCAAGCCAGAAACAUUAUGGUGCAGUCGCAGUUGCAUCAACGUCAAUUGGCGCAAAUAUGGGCGCUAGCAGACAUGGAUUCGGAUGGACGUUUGAGUUGCGAUGAAUUUGUGUUAGCGAUGCAUUUAUGCGAUAUAGCUAAAUUUGGUGAACAAAUGCCUAGCACACUUCCAAUAGAACUUAUUCCACCUGCGUUCAGACGUCAACGGCAAAGUAGUUUGACGCUGUCGCAGUCUGGAGCAGAGAAUGUGGAUCCAUCCGCUGGUAUGCCACAGACGUCCUUUGAAGAUAAGCGUAAAGAAAACUUUGAAAAAGGCCAAGCCGUAUUAGAACGGAAACGUAAAGCUCUGUUAGAAACUCAACGUAAGGAACAAGAAGAACGUGAACGGAAAGAGAGAGAGGAGGCAGAGAAACAAGAAAAAAUUAGACUGGAGCAAGAGAGACGUAGACAAGCAGAAAUUGAAAAGCAACUCCAAAGGCAAAAAGAGAUUGAACAGGAGAAAGAGGAACAACGAAAACGAGCACAAGAGCAAAGGGAAGCAGCACGAAAGGAAAUGGAGAGGCAACGGCAAUUAGAAUGGGAAAAACAGAAAUCGCAGGAACUUCAAACUCAGAGGCAAAAAGAGCAAGAUGUACUGCUUAAGUUGAAAGCAAAAAAUCAUACCCUAACUAUCGAACUUGGAACUCUUAAUGAUAAAGUGAAGGAGUUGUCGCAAAAGAUUUGUGACACUAGAGUGGGUGUCUCUGGUGUGAAAACGACCAUCGAUGGUAUGCGAUCAACGCGUGACGCACAGUUGCAAGAGAUGGCUGCCUUAAAGAAUAAACUUCGUGAACAGAACCAAAGAUUGUUAGCUUUGAGUCAAGAGAAAGCUCGCAUAGAAGCAAAGAACAAAGUUAACUCGGCCAUGGAAUCCGCAAAUCAGGAAGCUAUUAAAAUGGCGUUCGACAAUAAACAAAUUACUCUCAAACAAAUGAAGGAUAAGAUAGCUGAUUUGCAACAACAGAUUGAAACUAAGAUGGCUGAUAUAGAAAAUAACAAUGGUCAACUGCAAGAUAUUAAGACGCAAAUGAAAAAUUUGGCGACCGAUUGUAAGAAUCUUCAUGUUACGUUUGAAGAUAAAAAGUUAAAGGUGUUAGAACUUCGAGGUUGCGGUGUUGCUGGCACUGGUACCGACUACACCACAUCUGCGUGGAGCGAUACUGCUUGGAACGAUACUACAGGAACAGGUAACGAUUGGCCUGUCGACGAUGUUGCUACAACUAACGAGGUGGAAGAAACUACUCCAGGUGUUAUGAAAUACAGGGCACUGUAUGAAUUUGUAGCCAGAAAUCAAGACGAAAUAUCAUUCCAACCUGGCGAUAUUAUCUUGGUACCACCUGUUCAGAAUGCAGAGCCAGGAUGGAUGGCUGGAGAAAUUCGAGGCUACACAGGUUGGUUCCCUGAGUCUUAUGUGGAACCAGUGGAUGUUGGAAACGGAAACGGAAACGGAAACGAGAAUGCUUUUAUACAGCAAGAUAGUGUGGAAAAGAGAACAUUAGAAGGAAUCGCUGAAGUUCCUGAGAACGUAUCCGAUGCAGGAUCAUUAGGUGGUGAACCUCCUGUUAUCGAACCCAUCAUACCUACCCUUGGUUUGGGCACACCUUGCGAUAUACAAGUAACAGCUUUGUUUCAGUACCGCCCUGCGACAGAACAACAUCUUACCUUCGAGAAAGGAGAUAUUGUUAAUGUUAUUGAACAACAGGGUGAUUGGUGGUAUGGUACAUCUAGUACCGAAGCUAAGGGUUGGUUCCCCAAAUCAUACGUGAAAGAAAUUACUACUAAUCAAGCUGCAGUGGUUGAUGGCCUCAACGAGUACUACAUUGCUUUGUAUCCGUAUACCUCUGCUGAAGCUGGAGACUUAACAUUCAAUCAAGGAGAAAUUAUACUGGUCACUAAGAAGGAAGGGGAUUGGUGGACAGGCACUAUUGGAGAUAGGAAUGGAAUUUUCCCUGCCAAUUAUGUAGAAAAAUGUGAUGCUCCGGAUCAGGGUACACCUGUUGUUACUAACGCGCCUGAAACAAUCGCAACUAUUACAACGACUGCAGAUACAACCACAACUAGUAACGAAGCGGAUGUUUCAGUUGCCCAAGAACCAUUGCAAACGACAAAAACUGCUGAGCAGCUUGAAGAUGAAAGAGCAGCCGCAGAAGAUAGGGCAGAAUUGCCAGACUUUACUGCAAUGGCUGCACAGCAGUAUUAUAAGCGAGGAAGAAAACCUGAAAUUGUACAAGUUAUUGCACCAUACCAAGCUACUAGUUCUGAGCAAUUAGACUUACAAAAAGGACAGUUAAUAAUGGUACGCAAGAAAACUGAUAGUGGUUGGUGGGAGGGGGAAUUACAGGCACGUGGUAAGAAGAGACAAAUUGGUUGGUUCCCAGCAUCUUAUGUUAAGCCUUUAACCAGUAGCAAUCGAAGUACACCUGUUUCUCAUGGAUAUCAAGAAUCUCCUACAGAUCCAAGCGUUGAGCGUGUUAUGGCGUUAUAUCCGUAUCAGGCACAAAACGAAGAUGAACUAAGCUUUGAAAAAGGUGACGCUAUAAUUGUGCUUGCAAAAGAUGAGGCAGCAUGGUGGAAAGGCGAAUUGAAUGGCGCGUCUGGUGUAUUCCCCAGUAAUUAUGUAUCUCCUAUGUUUAAUGAGAUGACAACUGAUCUACCAGUGGUGGGUGGAUUGGAUUCAAUGGAAAGAAAACGUCAAGAAUACAUCAAAGAGCUUAUUACAACCGAGCAAGCAUAUAUAGAAGACAUGAGGCUUGUACACGAGGUUUUUGAGAAACCUCUUAUCGAAAGCCUAGUUUUAACCGUGGACGAAGUGGAUAAAAUAUUUGUUAAUUGGAGGGAUAUUAUUGCUUGUAACGACAACUUUUUGAGAACAUUGAGAAUACGACGCGAUAACAGCGAAGGGGAAGUUGUAAGAAUGAUUGGAGAUAUUUUAUGCGAAAAUAUACCGCGAAUGUCAGCUUAUAUCAGAUUCUGCAGCUGUCAAAUAUCUGCUGCUGUUUAUCUUCAACGAUUGACAGAGACUGUACCAGAAUUUGUUCAAGUUGCACAUACUUGCCAACAAGAUCCACGCACGAAAGGAAUGCCUUUAAGUUCAUUUUUAAUAAAACCAAUGCAAAGGAUAACAAAGUAUCCGCUUAUUAUUGGCAAAAUUUUAGAACACACUUCGGUUGAUCAUCCUGACAGACAGUAUCUUCAAGAAGCAUUGGCUAAAGCUGAAGAAUUUUGUACUCAGGUAAACGAGGGAGUUAGAGAAAAAGAAAACAGCGAUAGGUUAGAAUGGUUACAGACGCACGUGGCUUGCGAUGGUCUUGAAGAACAACUUAUUUUUAAUUCAUUGACCAAUUCUUUAGGUCCACGGAAGCUUCUACACUUUGGUAUACUUCAUAAGGCAAAAAGUGGAAAGGAACUUGUUGGAUUUCUCACAAAUGAUUUCCUGCUAUUUGCUCAGCCGUUACUUACCAAAAAAUCUGUCUUCUAUGGGCAACAAUUUUCAUUCGAUCGAAACGAACAUCAGAAAUUUAAGAUGUAUAGGAAGCCAAUAUUUCUAAAUGAAUUAUCGUUACUAGGAGAUUCAGACACAAAUGGAAACCUUAGCUUAAGUUGGGGCGAAGGUACAGAAAACUCGACCAAGAUACUCAGGUUAAGAGAUCAGAAGAAACCAAUGAUAUUGCUGGCACCAUCUUCGAGCGAAUGUUCCCUGUGGGUCAGAAGAAUUACCGAUGCAAAAAAGAAGUUUUCGGAAAAUGAGAAAACACGCUUGCAAAGGCAACGAUCGAAACAAGCGCAGUUCGGAGCGUGUGGCAGAAUUCUCGUUACAGUGCUUGAAGGCUUCAAUUUAAAGACAAUACCUGUUCGCAGGAGACCACCCGAUGGUAGACUUCGGUUAGUAAUUGAAGAAGCCGAGGAUCUAAUUAUAUCCAAAAAAGGCAAAUGUAAUACAUUCUGCAAAGUGAGUAUGGGUUCGCAAGAAGAGAGAACAGGUGUCGUAUCUGGAACUGAUUGUCCUUUGUGGGAUGCAUCGAUGCAAUUUCAAGUAAAGGAUUUACUUGAAGAUACUUUGUGUAUCACAGUAUUUGAUAAAGGCUAUUAUAGCCCCGAUGAAUUUCUUGGCCGAGCCGAAAUAAGGGUCGCUGACAUAAUGAGAGACAGUAGAGACUCGUGUGGACCUAUUCAGAAACGUAUUCGGUUGCAUGAAGUUGAAAAUGGAACCGUCGUGUUGAAGUUGGAUCUACGGCUGUUUAACAAUCGAUAAGUGGACGUUUGUUUACGUUUAUAGGUAAAUAAGAUUUUUCAAGUUUCUAAUGUAUAUUUUUGUACUUUAUACAAAGAAGAAAGUUCUUGCCUUAAUCUAACUGAACAAUUUUAGUAACAAUUGAUAAAGGCGCGACAAAAAAAACAUUUUUUUACAUAAGAUUAUUUAUUAUACUUUACAAACAUUGAUGAAUUGAUGUUACUUGAUACGUUUUUCUAGUAUUCAAGGCAAUUCUGAGAGUUAAUUUAUAAAACAAAGGUACUUUUGUUUAUUUUUUACAUCUUGCAUAUCGUAUAAAAUUCAACAAAUAACAAUGAUUACUUUGCUUCUUGUUGAAUUACAGUAUUAUGUAAUAAAUGAAUGAAUGUUUCGUACGAUGUACAUGGAGGAGUACAAUAUUUGUUAUUUUAAAGACUCAUAUUGUUAUUAUAGCUUUCGUAGCAUAUAACAAAAAAGCAUUUAUUUUUUUGUAUUAAAUAUAUUGUACAAAAUAUGGAGCAUUAAA